AUGACUACAGCACACAGACCUACGUUUGACCCCGCACAAGGCAAAGAGGCCCUCCGUGGUCCGGCCUACCACCAGCGACUGCUUCCUGCACACAAGCUUUUGAAGACACGUCAACUCGGCCAAGGCACCGAAGCGGAAGCCACCCAGCGCGACCUCCGCGCCGAACUCCUCCAGGCUGAGGCCGCCCAUUUCGCCAAGAAGAACGGAACCCCCCUUGAUGAGCCCACGGUCGAGAGCGUGACGCCCAAGCGCCAGUUGGAGGGUGGUUCGCCGGGCGGCGAUGCAGACACAGGGGAGCAGGAAGAAGAUAUGGAAGCGAAAAGACGAAAAAUAUUAGAGGAGACGAGAGACAUCGACGCGGACUCAGAUGGGUCGGAGGAGGAUAGUAGUGAUGAAGAUAGUGAUGACGAGGAGGAUGAAGCUGCCGAGCUGAUGCGCGAACUGGAGAAGAUCAAGAAGGAGAGGCUGGAGCAGAAGGAAAAAGAGGAACGCGAGCGUGCGGCUGAAGAGGAAGAGAAGCGCGAAUACGACAUUGCGCGCGGAAACCCUCUGCUCAACCCCCAGGACUUCAAUCUGAAGCGACGAUGGGAUGACGACGUGGUCUUCAAGAACCAGGCGCGCGGCACGGAGGAUAAACGGGGCAAGGAAUUUGUCAAUGACUUGUUGCGAUCGGACUUCCACAAGCGGUUCAUGGACCGCAUCAACACGAACAUUUCCCAACUCCUCCAACGCUUCGAGAACAUCAUGGCCACAGCCACGACAGAAAGCACAAGCCACACCUCCACAGCCGUCGAAACCUACCAACUCGACGUCGAGUCCACCGCUUUGGUCCGCGCAGCAGAAGACAUCCUGGCGCUUACGCGGGUGAUGAAGGAGACGUGGCUGUUUGGGAAGCUGGAUACGUUGGGGGAGGAUGAGGCGGAGGUGAAGCGGCGGGAGGAGUUGGAGCGGGAUGCGGGGGCGAUUCAGCGGGCGAUUGAGGAGGGGGGGCUUUUGAAGGCUGCUAAAUAG